UGCCAGAGUACCAGGGGGAACCGGACGAGAUCUCCGUGCAGAAGUGCCGCGAAGCCGCCCGGCAGGUUCAGGGACCUGUUAUAGUAGAGGAUACCUGCUUGUGCUUCAAUGCCCUAGCGGGGCUACCAGGGCCCUACAUAAAAUGGUUCCUGGAAAAACUCAAACCAGAAGGCCUGUACAAGCUGCUGGCUGGGUUUGAGGACAAAUCUGCCUACGCUCUCUGUACCUUCGCAUUCAGUACUGGAAACCCAGAGGAGCCAGUGAAGCUGUUCAAAGGCCAGACUCAUGGGCUGAUAGUGGAGCCCAGAGGCCCUCGAGAUUUUGGCUGGGAUCCCUGCUUUCAGCCAGAUGGCUACAACCAGACCUAUGCCGAACUGCCCAAGGCAGUGAAGAACUCGAUCUCGCACCGCUACCGAGCGCUGAGCGAGCUCUCUGCCUUCUUUCUUCAGAGCAACUCAACAGAGCCCCGCUCCGGUCCCAGCUAGCCUCCCCGGGCUGCGGGCACCCUGCA